AUGCCGAAACGCUGUGCAUUAGGAUGUGAACAAACAGUUGGCGCACAUCGCUUUCCGAACCCAAGGAAGUUUUUGAAUAAGUUCAGGAAGUGGGUCCUCAUUUCUGGGGGGGAUCCAGAUGAUCCGAAUGACUAUGAACGUUACCAAAAACGUAUAAUGUGCGACAAACAUUUUGAUGCUAAAGAUAGGACUCGGUAUAAGCGACUCAGCUGUCUAGCUAUACCAUGCCUAAAUUUGCCACCAAGUGCAGCCAAAAUAUUUGAAGAAAUUAAACGAAAUGAUGAUAACUGUGAUGGAGAUACGGAAAUGAAUGAUACUCAACCAGAUCCUUGCGAUUCUGUGCUGUUUGAAAGCGAUACGCCUGAAAUACUAUCUGAGUUUGAAGUACAGGAAAAUCUCGAAGGACAGUUUAUUUCCAAAGGACAGACGGAUCCUGAAGGACAGUCGGAUCCUGAAGGACAGUCGGAUGCUGAAGGACAGUUGACACCCGUAGCACUGUCAGAGCCCGCUGAUAUCGAGAAAUCUGUAGAAGAAUUGACACCUGUAGUAUUGUCGAAGCCUACAGGACAGUUAAAACCUAUAAUACUAACGAAUAACAAAGGACAGUUUACGCCUAUAGGACAAUUAAAAUCAGCAGGACAAUUGACACCUGUAAUACUGUCGAAGCCUGCAGGACAACUAAAACCUGUAGUCCUAUCGAAUUCAGGACAGUUAAAACCUACAGGACAAUUGACACCUGUAGUAUUAUCGAAUCACAACGGACAAAUGAUGCCUGUAGGACAAUUAAGACCUGCAAUAAAGUUAAAAUCUCUAGGACGUUUGCAUCCUGCUGGAAACUUUAUACCUGUAGGACAAUUGAAACCUAUAAUUAAGUUGACACCCAUAGCACAGGCACCGGUCGGAAAGGCAAAGAGACAUAUUCACUGUGCGGGUUCACACGUUUUUAAAAGAAAAUACGAUCCCGACGUUCCGAUCUGCAGGGCGUGUUUGACAACGAAGAGAAAGCUUUACAACAUACAUGAAACGGAUGUUUUGGAUGUAUACCAACAAAUGUCGGGGACACAGGUGACUGAAGAUGACUGCCUGUCCAAAUUGCUGUGUAGCCACUGCGUGACAUUGCUUCGGAAAUGUAACACAUUCAGCCAGAACUGUAAGAAAGCCGCUAAAGCAUUGAAGGAGGCUACUUUUACUAAUUAUUUGCCGGAAGCGAAUAAAGUACAAAACUUGAAGUUUUAUAGAACAAAUAUAAAUCACAUUGAUAUCGUUGGAGAAAAUAUUGUAAAAAUGGAAAUAAAUCAAGACAAUGAUGGAGAUACAAUGGGUGAUGAUACAGGUGCACCAGAAUACAUGGACAUUGCGGACGAAAUAGAAAUCAAAGACGUGAAUAAAAUAAGAAAGAGAAAACCGAAUAUUUUAGACGAUGACAUCAAGUUGAAAGAAUUUGAAGCCACCUGCAAUGUCGACGUACAUAAACUUAGUUCUGAAGAGAAGUUACAAGAUGUCCUUGAUCGGAAAUCGACACCGAACUAUUUGAACAGUCCGCAUAAAUGUGAAUUGUGUUUCAAAGGCUUCCUGGCAGCUAAUCUUUUAACAAAACACUUUCUAAUGCAUCACGACCCGAACCUUGGGUCGGAGGUGUGCGAAUAUUGUCAGUUUCGAUAUAAAACUGCGAAUGAUUUGUCCGCACAUUAUACCAAUAGACAUACAACAAAGAUGUCUUGUAGAUUGUGUCCUAAGGUGUCUCGAAAUAUAUUUGACGCCAAGAAACACCACGAGGUUUAUCACAAUGGACAGAAAUAUAUUACUUGUGAACAUUGUGGGCGGGGAUUCAGGAUGCAAUCAACGUUCCUCGUCCACCUCCGCGACGAGCACCCCUCGGAGCUGAUCUGGUGCAACAUUUGUGGAGUUUCAUUCGUUCUGGCUGAAACUUUAGACAAACACAAACAGAGACGGCAUCGAGAUCUCCAUCUGCCGGUGAAAUGCGAACGUUGCGAUGUCCAGUUGGUAGACGAGGCUGCAUUAAACCGUCACUCGUUCGACGGCAUCUGUACUGGACACACGUGUGUGCACUGCGGCGUCGGAUAUAAUGACGCCAUGGCAUUAAGGGAUCAUAUCAUAAAAACGCAUAGAAGGACUUCUAAUAUGCUAUAUCCUUGCCCAAAGUGCCACAAGGUGUACAAACAAGGCGCCCAGCUACGGGAUCAUCUGAAAUAUGUACAUUUGAAGUUAAACAGGAAAGUGAUAUGUGAAAUCUGCGGGAAAGUCGUGCCGAAUAAAAAUGCAAUGAAAGUGCAUCUCCGGGUGCAUACGGGCGAGAGGCCGUACGAGUGUCCAGUCUGUAUGAAAGGCUUCAUCAGCAAGGAUACUAUGAUGAAACACAGGAAUUACGUGCAUUCUACGGCGCGUCCCUACGUUUGCGAUAGAUGUCCUAAAUCGUUUAAAGGGAAACAUAAUCUGACACAACAUGAACGGGCAGUUCACGACAAUGAGACUACUACAGCCAGCCAGACGUUACUAUCGCUCGGUCUAAUAUUAUAG